CUUGAUCUCGUCCUGUCGUAUCAUAUAUAAUAUAACUUGUCUCCCUUUUUACCGGCUGCACUUUUCAACGUUAGCCGUGGCCAGUACUGUUAGUGGAAAGACCUUGCUCAAGACAACCUACUUUUUCCGUAAUAGUAAAGCCUCAUCCCAGAUUUGCUAGCCUCUGACUGCAGCUGACUCUAAGGUUUCAUCAUGUCCAAGUUGGAACACGCCCUGAGUCAUUAUGACCCGACCGUGCUAGAAAUGCAGCGUGCUCUCAAGUUAGCCCAGGACACGGGAGCUUCCCCAGAUGUGGUUCUGUCCAUCGAGACGGCGUUGGAGCUGGUAGACUUACGGGAGAAGUACACAGAUUCGGUCACCACUGGGGAGACGGAAGUUUUCCACCAAAUCCUCACGGAGACCUACACACAUGACUGGAAAAGUUUGCGCACUGACGGAACGAUUACGUAUAACCUGUCACCCAUAAUGUUGACGGGAAAUUUAGAAGGUCAGUUUCUAAAGUCUAUGGUGAGCAUUCAGAAUGCAAAGCGUGUCCUGGACAUCGGCAUGUUCACUGGGUAUAGUGCACUGUCCAUGGCUGAGGCCCUACCUGCUGAUGGAGAGCUCGUGACUGUGGAUUUUGAAAGGUAUCUGGAGAACUUCACCGGAGAUCUGCUUCGGGAGUCGCCUCAUUCCAAGAAAAUAAAAAUCUUUAUCGGUGAGUUUCUAUCGUUUUCUUUCUUUUGGGUUCCAAGACUCUGGGGUUGCCAGUUGUGUACAUUUAUUUUGUUUUGA